AUGAAGGGCCUGCGCGGAGGUAUCUGGUCCUGCUUACUCGUCGCCCAGACGGCAGCAAGCCCUACGCCCGACGUCUCGCGACGCGCCGCGGAACCGCACCUCAUCACCGGCCUUUACAGCUCGGCGCAGGAGCCGGCGCAGAUCGUCAUCCACGACACCGCCGGCAAGCCCUCGUGGACGUGGAGCGUCAAGAACGCAAAGGGCAUCUCAUCCGCGCUCCUCCAAUGCAUGUACAGCAAGUGCAAGAAGGGGCUCUGCGUGGCCCCGGAGCAAAAGUGGGCAGACGGCGGCAACCGCGUGCUGGCCAUCCAGGGGACGGCCGCCUUUCUCAUCAACCACCACCCGGGGCGGCCGACGGACAAGCAGGUCACGUUUGGCAUCUGCCUCAACAGGGACGGCAUGGAGAACUCGCACACGGCUGAGCUCCUGCCCGACGGCAAGAUGGUGCUGUCCACCACCAACGACGCCAUGACGGGCAACCUCCGCGUCUUCGACACCCGGGCCGGGCAGGACGUCGACGCCGCCCCCGUCCAGGAGCUCGACGGCAUCCCGGCCACGCACUCGCUCGUGUGGGACAGCGCAAACAGCCUGCUGUGGGCGGCGAGCAACGACAAGUCGCCCCAGUCCCCGGGGUCCCGGAGCAUCCUCACGGCGUACAAGUACUCGGGCGGCCGGUUCGACGCCAAGCCCCAGGUCCGCCAGGUCAUCUCGCCGGCCAAGCAGCUCACCGAGGAAUGGGGCCAAAACACGCCCUGGUGGGACGGGGCGCACACCAUGGCGCCCAUCCCCGGCCAGCGGAAGCUCCUGGUGAGCACCGACUCGGACGUCCACGCGUACGACAUUGGAAGCGGCAAGCUCGAGCACGGCGGCGCCGUCGUCCAAAAGUACCUCGGGGGGUUCCAGCCCGUCGGCACGAGGGGUUCGCUGCCGCGGUCCGACAUCAAGUCCGUCAGCUUCUUGCCGGACGGCAAGGCCGUCUACGUGCAGGCCAGGUGGGGGGCCGUCACGGGCACCCAGGUCAACGUCUUGGCCGGGGGGAAGCGGCAGGACUCCAUCUUUAACCAGGAGCUGUACAAGUCGAGGUGGUUUACGGGGACGACGUGGUGA